AAGCAGACAAAAUGACCUCAACAAUACAGUUACUCAAAUGGACUACUCUUUGACUACUCCUUUUUCAACCGCUUAUACAACACAAUCACAACAAAGUGGGCAAAACACCAUAUCCCUAGAAAACAACAAACCGACCCGGGCCUCUGUGCCUGUCCCAACUAGUGUGGAAAGAACUACAGAAAUUUCCACGCUAAUCAUCACAACAAACACCAUCCCCAAUUUGGUACAACAACCUAUCUCGGCAUCCAAUUUACAACCUUCUGAUCUCCCGGGGCUUUCCGGACCUGAGAAUACAUUUACAACUGAGCCCAACUCAUUAACAGCUGACAACCUAGCUCUCUUACCUGACUCUACUACCAACUCCCACCAAGAUCUACCCAUGGACACUCACUCAAAUGCUACAAUUGAAUCCUUACCAAAAACAAAAAAAUCUUAUGCUACUGUACUCACGGGUAACCAAAAACUUAAAUCUAAACAAAAAUUUUCAGGCCACCGAGACUUUAAAUAG